CACAUGAUUUUGACAGUUCGUUCAGUUGAGAUUUUCAUUCAGGUCGUAGUAGUUGCAUUUUGGGCAUUUUGAGUUGAAUUUCUUGUCAGUGAAAGUUACUGUCAUCUAUCGAUCUUGUCAAUACAACAUUAGAUCUGUGCUUGUGUGCACAAGUUAUCGAAACUGCCAUUGAGCAAGAUUCGUUUUUCCUUAUUAGAUCAAUAACCGCUGUGUUAUCAUGGCUACUUUGUUACUGGGUCGAUUCGCGCUGAACCGUGCAGUGAAUUUGGGGUUGACCAGAAUAAUCGGCAACAGUCUAAAUCGGCGUACCAUGCACCUUCAUCAAAAUCAUGCAUUUAUCAAUGGUAAAUGGGUUGGAGCACGAAGUGGUUUAACGUUUGAUGUUACAAACCCCGCCAAUGAACAAGUUCUGGGAACAGUACCGGACAUGGAUAUAAACGACGUAAAUGAUGCUAUCGAUGCUGCGCAUAAUGCUUUUUAUGAUAAGAAAUGGCACAAUAGUACGGCUAAAGAUAGAGCGGCUCUACUGAAGAAAUGGUUUCAACUAUUGGAAAAAAACCGUAAAGAGAUUGCUCUAAUUAUGACCGCAGAAUCUGGAAAACCAAUCGCGGAAUCCGAAGGAGAAAUCACAUAUGGAAAUUCUUUUGUUGAGUGGUUUGCCGAAGAAGCUCGUCGCGUUUAUGGUGAAAUUGUUCCUACGCCCCAGUCAAAUCGACAGAUGAUGCUGGUGAAGCAACCGAUUGGUGUGGCAGGAUUGAUCACGCCUUGGAAUUUUCCACAUGCCAUGAUAACUCGUAAGGCAUCCGCAGCUAUUGCUGCCGGUUGUACUGUGGUAAUCAAACCAGCCGAGGACACUCCUUUAACAGCAUUAGCAUUAACAAAACUGGCAGAGGAAGCUGGAUUUCCGAAGGGAGUGCUUAAUGUUGUUACUAGCAGUCGUAAAAAUGCUGCUAGUGUAGGGAAACUGCUCUGCCAAAGUGAGAAGGUCGCAGCAAUCUCGUUUACUGGUUCAACGGAAGUUGGUAAACUACUGUAUAAACAAUGUGCAAAUGGAAUUAAAAGAAUCGGAUUGGAACUGGGCGGAAAUGCUCCAUUUAUUGUAUUUAAAUCAGCUGAUUUGGAUAAAGCGGUAAUUGGAGCUAUGAAUUCCAAAUUUAGAAACUGCGGCCAAACUUGUAUAUCGGCAAACAGAUUUUUAAUUCAGGAUGAAGUUCAUGAUGAAUUUAUCUCUCGUUUGACAGAGAAGAUAAAAGCACUAAAAAUUGGAGAUGGCAGUCACGAUGGAGUGCAAAUCGGUCCGUUAAUAAAUCAUGCACAAAUCAAUAAGGUGACCCAAUUCGUAGAGGACGCAAAACAAAAAGGAGCUAAUGUGGUAUUAGGUGGUCGUCAGCUUUCCGAGCACGGUGCGCUAUAUUUCGAGCCCACGAUUGUAUCCCACCUUCGAGAUGACAUGAAGUUAUAUAGAGAAGAGAUUUUUGGACCAGUGGUAUCAAUUAUUCGUUUCAAAACUGAAGAAGAAGCAUUACAAAUAGCUAAUGCAACUCAAAGAGGUCUGGCUGGUUACUUUUACAGCAAUGAUUUGAAUCAAGUGUUUAGAAUUUCAAAGCUGCUGGAAACCGGAAUGAUUGGCGUUAACGAAGGAUUGAUAUCGGCUGCGGAAGCAGCUUUUGGUGGAAUUAAAGAAUCUGGAAUAGGAAGAGAAGGUUCCAAGUACGGAAUUGAUGAAUAUGUGUACAUCAAAUAUUUGUGCUAUGGCGGUCUAGAAUGAAUCUUACCGUGCGAAGAAGCUUAAGCUAGAAGACUAGAAAUAUAUUGAUUAGGUGUAUGUCAUAUGUGAUAAUUCCAAUGAUAAUCACCUGAACAAUAAGGAUUCCUCGUACAUUCUAUUUCAAUAAUUGCGAAAUUGCAGUGUAAUGUUGAUAUUUAGAUUAUUUCUACGAGUCUAGUGUAGUGUAAGUCAAUUCAGUACAAGAUUUUUUCAGAUGGCGUGAGCGGAAGUAUAAUAAAGCAUUGUUACGCUCGUCAGAACUGAAUUGCUUUGCUCAAAUUGAAAUGAUAUAUUGCAUUCGGUUCAUUAUAACAGUUUGAUGCAACUGCGUUUGUUCCAGUCUUCCAAUUAUAUUGUAAGGCUUUAGGUAUACCAAAGAAUGUGAAUAUCAAACGAAAUAUAGUUCCAAAUUAAAGUAAAA